AUGCAAGAGCUGACCAUCACUUUUCCAUUAUCCAAAAAUUGUUGCAGAGCCAAGGAAAGUGCAGUGGAGCUCAAAGAGCUGCAACGCAAACUCCUCAACUACAAUUUGCUCGUCGACCGCAUGCACAGCAAUCAUGAGGUGGGCGAUCUCGAAGCCGAAGCUAGGCGAGCUAAGGAAGCAGCUGAUGAACUCGAAGCCACGGUUCAAGAGCUUUUCCACGAGCGUCAAGCGCGAGAGCAUGAGAUUGAAGAACUUGGAGCGGAGAUCGAAGAACAGAAACGUCUAAAUCAAGCGAUGCUCUCUGGCAUGGAUCCAAACCUGCGAGAAACUUUCGAAGAGCUGAAGGCAGAAAGCGAGUCGUUGACAGCACAAGUAGAGGAAGCACAGGAGGAGCUGGCGCGACUGGACGAAAAGAAAGAACAGCUCGAACUCGAGUUAAUGAAUUCACCAGUGAAGAAGAAAGCCAUGGAAGUCAAGCAGCUGCUGAUUGACUUAAAAGCCAAGGAGGAAGCUCUAAUAGCUGAGAAAGAGGCGACGGAAACACCCGAACAGAAGAAGCAAAAACUCAUUGAGGAGAUUAAAAAGAACAACGAGGACAUCGCGACAAUUGAGAAACAGAUUGAAAAGACGAACGAGCUCAUAAACAAUGCCCAUGAAGAGAUUCGCGAGUUUGAUUCAAGUGCUGACAACAAACUUGCCAAGAACAACGAGAAGUAUCGUGACUUGAUGGUGAAGGAACGUGAAUACGACGAGUUUCUGAGCGUAUUCGAGGAGCAGAAGCAGAGUCUUCUGACCGAACUGGAGAAAUACAGUGAUGAAAUUGUGCAGAUCCUGCAGAAAAUAUCAGCUAAUAUUGGACAGAUCCACGAAACGGAACUAAACGUGACCGCUAUGGACACAGACGGUCUGCUUCAUGGAAAAGCGUCUGCAAAGGAACUUCAAGACUGUUAG